CCCAACUGGCAACACUGAUUCUGAAGUGAUCUGAAAAUUGAAAUUAAAUUUUCCUUUCCAGAUUUCCUCUUAAUUUUUCCAUUUCCCAAAACUAGUUGAAAAUUGUUCGGGACCUUACCUUUGUUAUAUACGAAACAAUGAAUACUAUAUUAAUAAGGAACGUUUCACCGAUUUAUAAAAAUGCAUUCAAGUUAACUUCAAGGCUAUUUGCGGAUGCAGCAAUCAAUGAUAAAAUUGAUAAAAUAGUAAAAAAUAACAAAGUGGUUGUGUUUAUGAAAGGUGUUCCCGACGCUCCAAGAUGUGGCUUCAGUAAUGCGGUAGUUCAAAUAAUGAGAAUGCAUGCAGUAUCAUACGACAGCCACGACGUUCUCGCGGAUGAGAACUUACGACAAGGUAUUAAGGAAUAUUCCAAUUGGCCGACUAUCCCACAAGUCUUCAUUAAUGGUGAAUUUGUUGGAGGCUGCGACAUUAUGCUACAAAUGCAUCAAUCUGGUGAAUUGGUAGAGGAGCUAAAGAAAGUUGGAAUUAAAAGUGCAUUAUUAACUGCAGAUGAGGCUAAGAAAGAGAGCAGUAAAUAACCUAAUAAACCUCUUAAAUCUAUUCAAGUAGGUACACUGUAAAAUUUUACUACACAUUAACUAUAUAUAGCUUUUGGCUUAUGUUUAUUAAGGACUAGUGCAGUACUACAACUAACUAUGCGGGUAAAUACACACAUAGUUCCUGUUUUUGUGGUAAUACAGAGAUAAAAUAUAGCCAAUCUUUAUCAGGAAAUAGGAUGUAGGAUUCUAAUGGUGAAAGAAUUUCACAAAUUGACCCAUUACUUUCAGAGCAUAUUCAAUGCCAAACAAACCAAAUCAAAUCUUUCCUCUUUAUAAUAUUAGUAUCAACUUUUGCCUAUUUGUAAUAUAAAUUUUAAGGAAUUGCAACAUAUUAAAAUAUUUUAAUUUUUAGUUCAAAUACAGAAGCUUGUAUUGUCUACUGAUAAACUUUUAGUUCUCUUGUGAUUCUAUAUUAAAAUGUAACUAUUGUUCUAAUUUCUUGUGAAAUUUAUAUUCACAGUUUUUAUAUACAUAUGUUUGAUAGUUUAUGUGAUGGCAAAUCAUUCAAAUACUGGAAGGAGGUAGUUCAUUAAAAAAUCACCCUGUAGGUGUACCUUAUCAUUGUGUAAAUAUCAUUAGGGACAUUAAUUAGUAUCAAUGUUAUUUCAAAUUUCUUGUAGUACUUUGUACUUGUUUGUUCUUAUGAGACAUUUCGCUUUUCAGAAUCUUAAGGUGGCAGUGUAGAUAUAGAUCUGUUGAUUUAACUGUUUAUUAUGUUUGUUUUUAUUGUUAGGUACCAUUUUUGAGAGUUGGUCAUUUUCUAAAUCCAUUUAGCUCUGCAGGCUAAUUCACUAACUUUGACGUAAUAUGUUAAUUGACAUAUACAUAAUUAAGAUUCUAUGUUAUUACAUAGAUUACAUAUAUACAUUAAUUAUUAAUUAUAUGUUAUAAAAAAGUAUAUAUAACAGUAUAUUAUAUUUCAUUAGUAUAUACAUUACAUAUACAUAAGAUGUCACCCUGUGCCUACAACACUUCAUGGAUAUCAUACAGUAGGUAGGUGACAUUUGUCAAUUUAUUUGAUGUUUAUUUUAAUAGGAUAAUUAUAAAGACCUAAUUAGUGAAUAAGCCAGCUGGUAAUAUUCACUCUGGAGACUCAAUGACAUUAUCUAUGUUUGUUUUAAGGCUAAUAAGUACAUUGUAAAGUACUUUUUAGGCUUUUUCGGGACUGCAUUGGAUCUAAAUCUGAAAAUAUAUGAAAUAGCUACAAUGUUGAUUGUAUGAAGACUUUUAAAAUGAACAUACAGAUUCAAAUCUGAAUUUUUAUAAUUCUGGAAUGUCUCAGAUAUGGAUUUGAUGCAGUGUUUAUACUUAGUUGUACAAACAAAAAAAGUUUUUAUUAGCUCAUAUUUUGAAUGUUUGGUUGAGUUAUAUUAUUUCUUGUAUAUAAUAUUUAUAUAGCGAAAUCUGUUUUCAGUUGUGACUUUUCACAAUAGAUAUUUUUUUUAAUUUUGUGACAUUUUUAUCUCUAUUUACAAUAUUUAUUGUAAAAUGUCAGCUAUUAUGUCAUGAAUAUAGUAUAUAAAUGUUUUCAAGUAUUUGUUGUAGUCAAUGUAUUUCAUUGUAGCCAAUAGAAAAGCAAUGUAACGUUUAUUUAUUGAAAAAAUGCACCAGUUUGUUUGAUAGGUGCCAUAUUGUAAACUUUGAAUAAUUAAAUAAAAGAAAAAUUGUUUAAGAGCUCUUUAUUAAAUUAGCUGUACAUUCGAGUUAGUAUACUUUUUGGGCACAUAAUUCAUUCUUAAUCUACAUACCACUGCUUUCUCAAUAUAAAUGGUUGGAUUAACAACACAGUCAUUAUUAAAAGACAAAAUAUAUGGCAGAUCAUUUAUUUAGAGUACUCAAACAAAAAUACUCUCACAAACGAUUAUCAUAAUAAAAUGAUAUUUAAAUAAAUAAAUAGAUGCAGGCAAGUUAUGGCGAUCUAUGAUAAAUAAAUAAUUGGUGUGACACUGACCUGCAACUUUUAUCAAAUUUAAUGAUCACAUAAAUAAUGUUAAAAUCUAACUACCAACAAAGUAUAAUAAAUUACUAGUGGCAGUCAUUAAAAAAAAAUCAAA